GGCCAGGGUGACUCUUUUGACAACACCAAGAAGACUGUCUGCAUGGCGGUGUAGCAGACUCGCUUUCACAACUAGACCACUCUGCUUCCCCGAUAUAAUCACCCCAACACCAACUCAUACUCUUCCUGAGCCUAUUACCCGUUUGAAACACAUCACACAUAAAGGACCUCGUAUAGUUCUCGGCACCGUCUACCGUGUACGCGGGCACGACUUGCAAUCAGACUCGACAUCGAACACUCUUGACUCCCACAGUCACAACCCAUAUCCAACAUGUCCUCAGCACGUGGUCGCGGUGGCAAGUUCAACAAGGUCAAGCGCGGAGGCGGCAAGAAGUUUUCACGCGACUUGCAACCGCUAAAUGCAGAUGGCGAGGUAGUCGGCAUGUGGGGUGAGCAACCCGACAAGGUUGACGAAGAAUCUUCCGGUGAGGAGGAAUCGUCAGAAGAGGAGUCUAGCGAGGACGAGGAGGGCAAGCCCGCACAAGAAGAGUUGACACGUGAACAGCGCCGUGAACUUGCAAAGAAGCGCAAGCAGGCCGCGAUAGCAAAGAAGUCGCAAAAGGCACCCGAGGCAGGUGACAUGCCCACCGACUCCGAGGAGGAGGACGAUGAUAUGCCCGCAAACCCAAAUCACACCGCCAAGGCCCGCACACAAGCUACCAAAGCACCCGUUGAUGCAGACGACGAUUCCGCAGCCAAGGGCAAGGGCAAGCAAAAGGACCUCUCGCAACUGUCCCGUCGUGAGCGCGAGGCUCUCCAAGCGCAAGCCAACAAGGAUCGGUACGACAAGCUGCACGCCGAGGGCAAGACCGAGCAGGCGCGUGCGGAUCUCGAGCGCUUAAAGCUGGUUCGCGAGCGUAGAGAGGCUGAGGCUGCGCGAAAGAAGGCUGAGGCUGAGGAACGUGCUGAGCUUGAGAAAGAGAAGAAGGAGCUCAUGGAGCGUGAAGCCAGGAGACGGGAGCAGGCCAUGGGCAAAGCGAACCGCCUUGCCAAGGGCGGAAAGAAGAAGGCCUAGAAUCAGUAAAAACACUGGUCUAUGAUUCAAAGAAAUAGGGCUCGAUGCUCGUAUUUCGCAUCUUCUGUGAAUGGCUCGAUCUUUCGGGAUAUGACGAGCGCAAAGAGAAUAUGGCAUGGUAAUAUUCAGCAAGUGUACGUUCUGCUGAUUGGACUAGAAGAAUAUGAUAAGAAUUCAAGAUCAC